UCCACAGAGACAAGACUUUAAAAAUGAGCUGCUCUUCCAAGAAAGAAGUAAACAGUCUUCUGCCUGCAGGUGAAAAGCCGGAGCUGAGGAUUGUCCUGCUUGGGAAGGUCAGAGUUGGCAAGAGUUUUUCAGGAAACACCAUCCUGGGCCUGGGCGAUGACCUGUUCCGCUCAGAGCCCGGUCUAUCUACUGUCACACAGAAGUGCCAGAAGAAAAUGAGGAAUAUUAACAACCAAAAAGUGGUUGUUGUUGAUACUCCUGGUCUGUUAAGCAAGGACCAAACAGAAGAGGAGAUUAUGAGAAAGAUCAAGAAAUCCAUCAAUCUUGCCAAACCUGGUCCUCAUGUGUUUGUGAUUGUUCUGAGUGUGGAAGAUAAAUACACAAAGAAAGAGGAAAAGAUGGUGAAAAUAAUCUGCGAUACUUUUGGCCAAAACACAAUGGAUUACACUAUGGUGUUGUUCAAUUAUGGAGAAGAGCUGAAACGUCCCAUAGAGGACUUUAUUCUUUGCAAUGAAAAUCUCCACAAGCUAAUCGGCAGUUGUGAAUAUGGAUACCAUGUUUUUGACAAACGUCCCGAACAGGUCCCUGAGCUACUGAAGAAGAUCAACGAUAAGGUUCAGGAAGCAGGAGGAAGCUACUACAGCACUGAGAUGCUCCAAGAGGCUGAAACUGCCUUAAAGGUACGAAAGGCCUCAGAAGGAGGAAUACAAUCCAAGCUAGUUGCUAAAACUGCAGUUCUUUCUGGUAUGGUUGUUGGAUGUCUGUUUGGGUAUCUUGCUGGUGAGGGUCAGAUAACGUCUACCAUAGGAGCGGCACUAGGAGCCGUAGGGGGUGGACUACUGUGCCUUGCAGUGGCAGACGGUCCACUGAAAACCUCCAAUGGACAUUGAAAUGACGAUGGAGCCUUGAUGGAGUCGUGGUGCAGCCUGAUCCUGUGGACAUAAUGUGUUACUGUUCUGAUUUCAUAUGAUAAUUAUAUAAAAUAUGAUCUUGUCAUUUUUCAUUGUGUCUGAUUUUCAAAAUACUUAAAACUUAAACCAAAAAUAAAGACAUGUAACCCUCCAGACUUUGUCUUCAUUCAGAUUAAUGUCAAUAUUACCGACUGGAUGCAGC